AUGGGCAACCCUCAAACCAACCCUAUCAGGAGUUGGAAAGGGUACAUUUGGGACACCUGGGAUCUACCGCAGGACCAGCGCCGAUUACUUUUCAAGGUCGACGCCUUUGUCUUGACGUUUGCUUCGCUUGGCUAUUUUCUCAAGAACUUGGAUCAGAACAAUGUCAACAAUGCUUUCCUUAGUGGUAUGGGGGAGGAGCUGAGCAUGUACGGGAAUCAGCUCGUUACAAGCACAUCUAUCUGGACUGUGGGCUACGUGAUCGGGCAGAUCCCUUCGAACCUAUUGCUAACGAGAGUGAGCCCAAGAUGGGUAAUUCCUGCGCUCGAGGUUGGCUGGGGCAUCGCUACAUUUUGUACUGCGGCUGUUAAGUCUUACAAAGAGUUGUACGCAUUAAGAUUCUUGGUUGGUUUCUUCGAAUCUGGCUUCUACCCUGGAAUCCACUACCUCCUGGGAUCGUGGUACACGCCACAAGAGCUCGGCAAACGCGCGAUGAUCUUUUGGCUGGCUGGAACUGUAGGCAACAUGUUCUCUGGCUUUCUUCAAGCGGCCGCAUAUACGAAUCUCCACGGCGUCCACGGACUUUCCGGGUGGCGCUGGCUUUUUCUCGUGGACGGUAUCAUCACACUGCCCCUCGCCCUGCUCGGCUUCCUCUUCUUCCCCAACCUACCUCAAGGAGGCAAGAAGACAUGGUGGACUACGGACGCCGAGCACGAGCUCUCAGUCAAUCGCAUGAAAACCAUCGGCCGCGCCGGGAAACAGCCCUGGACCCGCGCAAAAGCAAAGCGCGUCCUCCUCAGCUGGCACACUUACUUUCUGCCCUUGCUGUACGUCAUCUGGAACAACGGUAUCCCACAGCCAGCCAUGGGAUUCUGGCUCAAAUCCUUCAAUAAAAAGCCCAACCCCGUGCCCGGCAAGCAUUUCUCCAUCCCACAAAUCAACAACCUCCCACUCGUCACCAACGGCCUCUCUAUCGCCAUGGCGCUGCUCUGGGGCUGGCUCUCCGACGGCCCCUGCCGCGGCGCCCGCUGGCCCUUCAUCUACGCCGGCGCCGUCCUAACCCUUGCUUUCUCCAUUGCUAUGUGGCGCAUGCCGCUGUACUCCGACAUCGAGGGCCGCAAGGUGCUGUACUGGCUCAGCGCCCUGGGUAACGGCGCGGGACCCCUCAUCCUCUCCUGGAUCAACGAGAUCUGCUCCAACGACACGGAGAAGCGUGCGCUGCUUGUUGCCGCGGGGAAUGAUCUUGCGUACGUAGUGCAGGCUGUGGCGCCGAAUUUCGUGUGGAAGACGACGGAUUUCCCGGCUGCGAGAAAGGGAUAUACCUGGAGUGUGGUGCUGCAGGUGCUGUUGAUUGUAUGGACGGCGGCGAUCCAGGUGCUGCUUUGGAGGGACAGGAGGGCGAAGGGAAGGGGGGUGGAGGAGGCCGUGUCAGAAAGGGAGCAUGAGGCGGAGGGAGAAGGAGAGGAAGGGGCGGUGACCGUGGGGAAGGUGUAG